AUGGUGACCACGAUCCACACUCGAAUCUUUCGCCAUAGUCACAGUCAAGGACACGAUAUAAAACCUUCAGUUAGUCAUCAGUCGAGGAGAACAGAACGAGAGAGUUCGUUGCCCAGAAGAAUGGAUAGGGAAAGCUCCCUUCCACCAACUACGUGUAGUAGAGGUCAUACACAUCCCCCUUGGAAUACGACGGGUGUGUUGAGGAUAGCGAAAUGUGAAAGUGUUUGUGGAUUUUGUAUGAAAGAAACAGACACAGCUGCAAAAUUGAGGAAACACGUUUCUGUUCAUAUCAAAAAUGAAGGACUUAAUUUGACGAUAGCGGAGGCAGCUAGUGGAAGAGGAAGAUUAGAAGUACCAACUCACAAAUCUUCACAUGAAAGAUCAGGAUCCACGUCACAUUACUCAUCACAUGGCAAUAUCACACCGCUGGAGGAUGAACAUCCCCAACUCACAUACUCAUCACAUACGCCUUCCUAUUCAUCUUACUCCUCGGCAUCUCUUACUCCCUCAUCCUCACCCUAUACAAGUAUAGCUCAACGACCCUUGACAACGUCCACCGCGAGCUACGAUUCAUACUCCUCUCAUCGAUCCCCUUCCAGUACCAGCGGACUAUCCUACUCUACCGUCCCAAGUCCAAACAGUACCUCAGCCCUCUCCAAUUAUCGCUCUCUAGCCCAAGGCUCAACACACGCCCUUUCCGAUCCCUUCUCCUCUCUUCGCUCUCAUGCUCUCCGUACAAAAUUCGAAUGGACCGUCAUCACUCCCUCGGAAGGUUUCGCCAUCCUCGACUAUUGCAAAUCGUUAUCGCAAGCUAGUGGUGAACAAGUCCCUUGCUAUAACCGUGAAACGCUGUUUGAUGAAGAGUGGCAAGCUCACAUGAGAGAUAUUCAUGGGGUUUAUUUGAUAUGGCCCGAAACGUGGAUGAAGCGGGUUGAGGUAUUAGACUUAGAAGGGGUGGGAGGAAAGAUCGAGGGAGUUAAUGAUUUAGUUAUGGAAGGCAAAGCGAUGGAUAAUUGGGGAUUAUUAGGGCAUGAAUAA